AUGAAUACAUUUAAAAGCGAGGCCCAAUGGAGCGACCUACCCCAGGAGAUCAGAGGCAAGAUUCUCGAAUACGUCCCUGGAAGGUUUGCAGGCAUUUGCAGGGACUGGCAAAACGCCAUCGAGCCAAGAAACUUUCGGGUCCUCCAAGUCGGUUCGGAUGAUCAGUCGCUGGGAAACCUGGCCAAGACAUUACACAACAAGUACUGGCGACAAAACUACGUUAAACACAUGGGGUUCAAAAUCGAGUUGACCGGACCAUUGCAUCAAGAAUCGUUCGAGACUAUCAACUUGGAGAUCAGUGCCUCUUCGCCAAACGAUGUCGGCAAUUCGUGCGGAAUAGAAGAGCUCUUGGACUACUGGCAGCAACAGCAGCGAUACGUGUUUGCCCCUAUUAGCCUUGGAGAUUUCAGUCUUCCCUACGUCAACUGCGUCACCGGGUUGAGCAUUCAAACUCUGUCAAGUAGUGAAAGCCAGCCCGUCUUCUACCCCACCUCUUCGCAUUCUAUGGAAGAUUCUCUAAUUUCUGAUAUAGACUUGACGACGAUGCUGACAAUCUGGUCAUAUCGAGAGAAACCACUGUUAUCAAAAAUCCACAUCUUCGAGCACGGCGAUCUACAAAUGCUUUACAAUUGGCGCCUAUCAGUCCGGCCCGGCUUGGUCGGAAAUCUGUUCAUUCGCAGUCUCGAUCUAGAGAAGCUUGUCAUCUGCAAUAUCGUUGAUGCCAUAUACUUCUUUGCCGCCUGCACGAGCAGAGUAUGCGUACCUAUAUCGCCUCUGCCAUGGCAGCGUCUGCGUGUUCUGACGAUGAUAUGCCAGGAUGCUUGCUCCCGCAAGAAGCCCGAGCUCAUCAACACUCUUCUUUCCCAAGAUGGCAGGGUCGCGAAGAAGAUGCCGGCACUCCGUGUAAUGGAACUUUACGGUGCAUGGCGAGAAUCAGCUGGGGUUUUCCGAUACCUUGUCACUGGAAAUUCUGCAGAGAUUACUUGGGUCAGCACGUGGGAGUUCAAGCUAGGAGACGAACCCAAGUAUAUUUGGUGGGACGUCGCGCAGCUCAGAUAG